UUGUGGAGCGAGCGAGCUGUUGUUGGUUUGCUGGUUUUGUGUUUAGUUUGGUUAUUUUGUGUAUGUUGGUUGUGUUCAGGUUGGUUUGCAAUGUUUUGUAGACUGGUUGUAAGCCAUGUUGUGUAAAUGUUGUGCCCCACAUCAGGUUUUGUGUAGCCAUUUUGUGGCUGGUUGUGUAGCUGCAUGUUGUUACUUUCGUGUGUUCAGUUUGGUGUACUUGAUGGUGUUGGUUAUUUAUGUGUGUAGCCUGGUUGUGAGCUAGGUUGGUUUGCUGGUUUAGUAGACUGGUUGUGAGCCAUGUUGUGCAAGUGUUGUGCGCCACAUCAGGUUUGUGUAGCCAUUUUGUGGCUAGUUGUGUAGCCGCAUGUUGUUAAUUGAGUGUGUUCAGUUUGGUGUACUUGAUGGUGUUGGUUAUUUAUGUGUGUAGCCUGGUUGUGAGCCAGGUUGGUUUGCUAGUUUAGUAGACUGGUUGUGAGCCACGUUAUGUAAGUGUUGUGAGCAUGUUCAGGUUUUGGUACGUGUUGGCUUUGUCCUCUACGGCCGUUGUCUUGCAGUUAGCAAUUAGCCCUGAUGGGGUUCACAUUCUUGGUGGCUCUAGUGAUGGAAAUGCUUACAUAUGGCAGGUACGUAGGCCUGAAAGUAAUCCAAUCAUGUUGAAGGGACAUGAAGCAGAAGUUAUUGCUGUAGACUGGUGCUCUUCUGACUAUGGGAAAAUAGCAACUUCAUCAGAUGACUUCAUGGUUCGAGUCUGGAAUAUAAAAAAAGGAAGCUCCAUUAGCACUAGAUCGCCAACUGCAGUUCGAAAGAGAGUAAUUGCACAUUCAAGCAUUGAAUGCAGAAAGCUAAUGAUGGAUGAUUCUCAUUCAGGAUCAGGAGAUAUAGACAAGCACCUCUGCCAUUAAAACGAAAUGAAAAUAAACUCACCCUUACCUAUUCAAACUGAGGCAGUUAAGUUCACUACACCAGAAUCCGGAAAGAAAAGAAAAAUUGAUAUGUUUCUAAAGAG